AUGGCUAAAGACUCUAAACGCAUCCCGUCUCAUUUCAAGACAAUUUUCGACGCCGACACCCCCGAGGAUCGCAUCAAAGCAUGGAUAUCGCUUGAGAAGAACGACAAUGGUCAGCUCAAGUCCGGGAACUGGAUGCGUGAGAUUAUGCCCCACGUCACACUCCUCUCGACAGACGCAUCAAGCCCGCACCCCUCAGCGACCUUCUCCUUCACGGUCCAGCCGGACCACUGCAAUAGGGGCGGCAAUCUGCACGGCGGCUGCGCGGCGACGCUCUUCGACUUUCUUACCACCCUCCCGCUGGCCCUCAUCAACGACAAGCCGGGCUUCUGGCAGUUCCUCGGCGUCUCGCGCACCCUUAGCUGCAGCUACCUCCGCCCGGCCCCCUGUGGGGAAGAGUGCAUCGUCGAGUGCGAGAUUGUCCAGGUCGGCCGCACCUUGUGCCAGCUCAAGGGCGUCCUGCGGAGGAAGAGCGACAACGUCAUCCUGGUUACGUGUGAACACCAUAAGUACAACACGGACCCGCCUGUGAGCAGCAAAUUGUAG